GUCCGCACUCCCCGCGACCUUCUGCACCGUGGUAUUCCUCGCCACCUCACAAGCGUCGCCCAGCUGGUUCAUCGGCACCCCCGAGCGCGCCACGGCGAUCGUGACAAUCGAGAUCCUGCCCAACUUGUACGCGUUUUCGGCCAUGUGGACGCUCAAUUCGCAGGAGGAGAUGAGGACGGGGACGAGCCAGAACAGGAACUCGGGCGUUUCGGAUGUGCAUGAGAAGCUGAACAGACGGAGUGCCGGCGCGGCGACGACGACUACCGAGACGACGACUACGACGAGGACCUCCUUUGCGCCCCAGGCCGCCCGCACAGGCAGCUCAUCUUCGGACGAUUCCUGCCGCCCAGACAGCGUCGCGGAUAUCCAGUUUGGUGCGCCCGGGGCGGGAACGGCUGCGUACGCGGCUCCGAUUAUGGACGAG